CCGGCCAAGCGACAAGGGAGCGAAGAAGACCAACUGAGAAGCGUCGAAGGAGCAGCCGCUGGCCUCGGGAGUGUUUGAGCCCAAAUUUUGUGAAAGCCAUGUCCUACUUCUUCCUUCUCUUCCUUCAUCAUCAACGACUUACAGAACCAUUGUGAAGGUUCGAUGCCGCUAUUGUUUCUUCUUCACAUUUGACUUUGUGUGAAAUCGUUGGAGAAUCGAGUUUACCGGGGUUGAUGGAGAUGUCAUUAUUUUUGCUGUUUCUUUUUAUGAUUCCAUUUUCUCAAGAACAAAAAGCUGGUGCUGUUAUUAUCAUCGUCGUAGCUGCUGUCAAUUGCCGUCAUUUCCAGGAGGUGCACUUUAGGCGCCGGAAGAAAACGGAUAUGGCAGCACCAUCCUACAGAAUGUUAGCCAGGGGUUGGCAUCUUUGCUGCAACGUCUCCCACUUUGGCCCAAUCUCUAGAAUGUCUUCCUUUCGGAGUUGCAGAGUGGCCUACAGGGAAUGUACUAGUGUCAAGUGGAAUGAUCAAUUUCAGCCCGUCCAGGUAAUAGAAAAUAGCAUCUACAACAUUUUGACAAUUCACAGAUGGGAGUCACUGAAUCACAUGAAUUACAGGAUGACACAACUUAGAACUGUUCAUGGGAAAAUGGCUCUGAAGUUUGUCAGUUGUAUCAUCCAGCAGAAGGCCUGUGAUGAAAUUACUCGUAUACUCUGUAUCACAGCCCAUGUACUAGUUCGGGCGCGGAUGUAUGAUCCUGCCAAAUCUAUUUUAAGGCACCUCUCUCAGUUGGAUAUAUCAUGUUCUUCCCUUUUCCGUUUUCUAAUGGCUAGUUAUCGCCACUGCAACUCAAACCCAUCUGUCUUUGACCUUCUUAUAAAGGUUUAUAUUCAACAGGACAUGCUUAAUAAUGCUAUAAAGACUUUCAGGUUGAUCGGUUGUCAAGGUUUUGCAGCCUCAGCUUAUUCCUGCAAUGCUAUAAUUUCUGCUAUUGCAAGAAGAAAGCAAGCAGCAUCUGUGUGGGCAUUCUUUAAGGAGAUCCUUGCCAAUGGGAUAUGCUUUAAUGUGCGCACUUUCAAUAUUGUGCUUGAUACUCUAUGCUCCGAAGGAAAGCUUAGAAAAGCUUUUCAUUUCUUGAAGAGGAUGGAACAUAUUGGCUAUACACCAACUACUGUUUCUUAUAACACCCUGCUCAAUUGUUAUUGCAAGAAGGGUUGGUACAAAGCUGCUAUUAAGCUAAUGAAUUUCAUGGAGAUAAAAGGCGUUGAGGCAGAUGUUUACACUUGUAAUGUAGUCAUCAAUAAUUUAUGCAGAAGAAGUAAGAGUGCCAGAGCUUAUUUGCUAUUAAAAUGGAUGAAGGAGAGGGAAAUAUGUCCUACUGAAUGUACCUAUAAUACUCUAAUCAAUGGGUUCUGCAAAGAAGGGAAGCUAAAGGUUGCUACCAGGGUUAUGAAUGACAUGAUCCAUGCAAAGUUUUUGCCAAGCUGUAUUACUUACAAUACUUUAAUUGAUGGAUAUGUUAGAAAUGACAUGAUUGAUGAAGCUUUAAAUGUUUUUUGUGAAAUGGAAGCUAGGGGGAUGAAACCUAAUGAAAUCACUUAUGGUACUUUACUGAAUGGAUACUGCAAGGCUUCAAAGCUGGAUGCUGCAAUGAAUCUUCUCGAUAAGAUUAGGUCCAAAGGUCUCAUUCCCAACAAUAUCAUGUAUACAACUUUGUUAGAUGGAUUUUGUAGACAAGGGCAGCUCUUUAAAGCUCGACAUGUUCUUCUUAAUUUGGCUAAACUUAAGGUCAAUCCUGAUGUUGUGACUUACUCAGCUUUUGUUAAUGGUUUAUGUAAAGUUGGUAAGUUAUGCCAAAUAAAGGAGGUUUUAUCCCUGAUGUUCAAGAGCAGUGUUAUGCCAAAUAAUGUUCUAUUAGCAACAAUAAUCUAUAAUUUUUGCUGGCUUGGGUAUGUCAUAGAAGCUCUGAAGUUCUAUUCUCACAUGCAUCAAUUUGGUCAAAUCAUUGACCUGGUCACAUGUAAUACAUUGAUUUCUGCACUUUGCAAAAAGAGAAAAUACAAAGAAGCAGAGCAUUUCAUGGAACAUAUGAUUAGGAUGAAGCUAGCUCCUAAUUCAAUAACUUUUAAUUACAUUAUAAGCAGUUAUGCAGAUAGAGGUGAUUCACUUGGAGCAUUUUCCAUAUAUGACAAAAUGGUUCAACGAGGUAUCUGUCCAAAUAAUUUUACCUAUCAAAGUUUGCUCAGAGGAAUGUGCAAUGGUGGCAAUUUGGAUGAAGGAAAAAAGUUUUUGUUGAAACUUCAUGCAUUUCCUUCUGCUGUUGAUAGUACUACAUAUAAUACAUUACUUCAAGGAAUUAGCAAUUCAGGAAAUUUAGAAGAUGCCUUGCAAUUAUGUGAUGAUAUGAUAAAAAAUAACAUAAUUCCUGAUGUUUAUACCUACACCAUUCUUAUAAGCGGCUUUUGUCAGAAGGGUGAUAUUGUUCCUGCUAUUAUUCUAUUUCAGAAGAUGGCGGAGAAGGCAUUGUUUCCAAACCAUGUUACGUACACUUGUUUAAUUCAGGGUUUGAUAAAGGAAGGCCAAUUGAAGGCUGCUUCUUUCAUUUUUGGAGAACUCAUGAAAAAAGGUACCCUUUAUCCUGAUGCUAUCGUUUUUAAUGUUUUGAUGGAUGGGUAUUCAAGAAAUGGUAGGAUGAAAAAGGUGGAGAUGAUCUUCUCACAUAUGGAAAAGAAAGGUUUUACUCCAACUCUGACAUCUUACAAUAUUCUUUUACAUGGAUAUAUCAAAAGACAUUUGGUAUCAAAAUCAUUUAGACUGUACAAAACAAUGCUACAGAGAGGUAUCAUUCCAGAUAAACUGACUUAUCAUUCAGUGAUUCUUGGGUUUUGUGCGUCCGGUAUGACUAUUUUGGGGGUAAAAUUUCUAGAAAAAAUGGUAUAUGAGGGUAUUAUUCCUGAUUACUUGACUUUUAGUAUGCUUCUUAUAAAGUACAGUGAGGAAAGUAAAAUGGAUUAUGUUUUCAAACUAGUCAAUUGCAUGGAAAGAUUGAAAAUAUCUCCCAACUGUGAUGCUUAUGAUGCCAUUAUUAGUGGCUUGAAUAGAAAAGGUUGUUUCCAGAAAUCCUAUACCAUUUUGCAUAAAAUGAUGGAGGAAGGGUUUUGUCCUAAGCACACCCAUUAUAUUACACUAAUCAAUGGAAAAUGUAGGAUUGGUGAUAUACGAGGUGCAUUUCAUCUGAGAGAUGAAAUGGAGACAUUGGGUCUUGUGCCCCGCGAAGUGGCUGACAGUGCUAUUGUUAGGGGUCUUUGUAAGUGUGGAAAGUUUGAGGAAGCAAUAUUGGUCUUUUCUGACUUUUUCAGAACAGGUCUUGUGCCUACUGCUGCUACAUUUACUACUCUCAUGCAUGCGCUUAGCAAAGAAGGCAAGCUGAAUGAUGCACUGCAUCUUAAGGAUGUGAUGGAACGGUGUAGCUUGAAUGUUGAUGUGGUUACAUAUAAUGUUUUAAUGACAGGAUUGUGCGCCCAUGGUCAUGUAGAUGACGCUUUAAAUUUGUAUGAGGAGAUUAAGCGAAAGUCCCUCUGGCCUAAUGUCACUACUUACACAGUACUUAUUGAUGCCAUUACAAGGGAAAAUAAACUUAUUGAGGGAGAAAAACUCUUAAAAGAUAUUCAAGAUAGGGGCUUGAUAUCUCAUCAAAAAGCAAUAUCUAGUUUGCAUGAUGAGUUGAGAAGUACUAAAAGAAGGCUGAACAUGUUAAGGCAUUGCUGGAAAGAUGAUGCAAGAGAAGAAGCCGGGGUAGCAUGCCCAUGACUUUUUAGAGCACCAUACUAAUGGGGGUGUUUUUGGAGAAAAUGUUCUCAAGGGAGAGUUCCUUCUGCUUUCUUGCUUGGAGACGAUAUCAAUUUUAUGUCUCUUUUGCCUUUCGUUCGCUAUUUUUUCUCAUCUGAGCAAGGAGAAUGGAGAGCUCAAUACAGAGAGUUGGAUGGUUGUAAAUUACAA